UCGACCGUAGGGAAACUAUCAAACACAUCUGCCAGCUCAUCUCUUCAGCUUUCUUUCCUCUUUUCUCAGCAAUUUCCUUGUUUCCUAGGUCAAAUCAUCUUGUUCUUUCGAUAUCAGCUAUUUUCACGAAAGCGUUGAACGCAACCAAUCCUCCUGACGACUCUUCAAGCUUCCCAAGUUUUCAACGUUCUUUCAGCAACCCUAACCGCCAUCAUGUCUGUCCCUAGCUACGGUGCCAUGCCUUUGAGCAAGAUGUUCCUCCUCGUUCGUAUCUUGCAGGCUCUCUGCAUGGUAGUCGUUAUCGGUGUCUGCAGCAACUUUGUUCAGAUGAUCGUUGUUACUGGCGCUGAGCCGCCUAAGGAGUUCGUCGGUACUCUCACUGUUACCUGUGUUGCGACCCUCUACAUUAUGGUCAGCGUCGGCUACUACUGGUCCUUUGCCAACCUUGGCCUCCUCGUUAUGGCCGGCAUCGACUCGCUGCUACUCAUCGCAUUCAUCGUAUGCGCGGUCACUCUUGGCAAGCCGUUGAGCUACCUUAACUGCUAUGUAAUCGGCAAGUCUUCGUAUGAAGUCGAUGCAGCCAACGCCUACGCAUUCGUUACCACUGCCACCCAGAACAUGAAGGACUGGAGCGGUUCCAGUGUGUGGAAUUGGGCUGGCACAACAAAGAGCAACUGUUUCCAGGGCAAGACGAUCUGGGGUCUGAGCAUCGCUCUCUGCAUUCUCUUCACGACCUCUUGCGCUCUUCUACCUACCCUCUGGUACAAGAACAAGAAGGCGACUCCUGCACCCAAGUCUGUUGAGGAGGCCUGAGCACAACCUACCACUACAAUAUGGGUCCUGGCAAGCUACGGCAUGCCUCAUGUGAUGCAGCCACAUCUUCCCCCUGUACUUCAAUUAUCAAAAAACAACUGCAUUGCGCGGCGUCUGGGUCUGUUUUUUUACUGUCGCUACCGAUUCACUGUCCUUUCCUUGAGAGGAAACGGAAUGCAGAUAUUGCAGGUCGAUAAUCAUAAUGAAUCAAAUCAUUGCCG